UGUUAUUUUUUCAUCAUCAUGUUAUUAAAUUUCAAAUGAUUCUUUUUUUUAUAAUAAUUAUGCCAAUUAAUUCCAAAUACAUUUCCUAUCUUCUUCGUCAUGAUAACCGAAUCGAAAAUAUUGUUGAUGAUCAUGGUUUUAUCAGUUUAGAUGAUUUGAAUCGAAUAAUUUGGAAUGAUAAACAUGAACUAAUCAACGAACAACAAAUGAUUGAAAUUAUUGAAGAUCCGACCACUAAAAAACGGUUCGAAUAUGAAUAUCGGCCAAUUGUUGAAGCCACCAAAAACCUUAAAUUAUAUAUUCGAGCAUUGAAUGGACAUUCAUUUCGUUUACGUGCUAAUAUUUUCGAACCUUUGGCUUCCAAUGAUAAAUCAUCGUCGUCUAGAUAUAUUUAUCAUGUUACUAAUUCACAUCUAGUCGAAAAUAUUUUGAAUGAAGGUUUAAAACCUAUGGCUCGACAAUUUGUACAUUUAUAUGAACAGAAAAAUUCUGUUAAAUAUGAUGGAAAACGUAACACAUUGCUUGAAAUCGGUCCUAUCAAUGAAGAAAUUGAACUUUUUCGUUCGAAAAAUGGCUACCUAAUGUGUCCACAUAUUAUCCCUCCAAAGUAUAUAAAACCGAUUAAAAGAUGAUGAAAUUUUGCAAUACUAUUUUAUUAAUUUAAAAGUGAAAAUGAAAAUAAAUGAUGAAAUCAUUUUAA